AUGUCCAAUCCAGACGCUGAGAGAACUUUUAUCGCUGUUAAGCCAGAUGGUGUUCAAAGAGGUCUGAUCUCCAACAUCUUGUCCCGCUUCGAACAAAGAGGCUUUAAACUAGUGGGCAUCAAGUUGGUCACACCUACAGAGAAUCUGCUGAAGCAGCAUUACGCAGAACACGUUGAAAAAUCGUUCUUUCCUAAGAUGUUGUCCUACAUGAUGUCUGGGCCAAUUUUGGCCACCGUUUGGGAAGGCAAAGAUGUUGUUAAGCAGGGUAGAGCCAUUCUUGGUGCGACAAACCCCCUAAAUAGCGCUCCAGGUACCAUCAGAGGCGACCUGGCUAUCGACAUGGGCAGAAACGUCGUACACGGUAGCGACUCCGUUGAGAGUGCAGAACGCGAAAUUAAUUUGUGGUUCAAGAAAGAGGAACUCAUCGACUGGAAGUUAAACCAGCUAGCUUGGAUCUACGAAUAA